AGUAUACAAAAACAUUAAUGAUUUCAUGAUUUCAUGAUUUCAUAAUUUCAUGUCGCCAAAUUUACAUUAUAUAAGCCCAUAUUCAUGGAAACCAAUUUGAAAGACUGAAGGAUUGUUCAUUAACCUUAGAUGAACUUGUGUGUCUUAUUAUCUGCUUAAUAAUGGAGCCUCAAGACAUCGGCAGCAGCGGUGGCACUGCUAGAAACCCUGCCAGCAUCCGUCAACAGCAAGAAGAGUUUCGACGGCGUUUGAUGCGACCAGAUCGCGUUUCCCGGGCAUCACCAGGUUACCCCGGAGACCCGAGCCGCGCCGGAGCUGUCGAGACAACCGGCCUAUAUUCUGCCUUAAAUGGUAGUGCAAGGCGUGACUUGCAGUGGACAAUGGGCUUACAGACACCUCAAGCUCCUACCGAAGAAGACACCGAGCAUUUUGAAGAAGAUGAAGGCGAAGAUGACGAGGGUCAUGAUAUCGAGGGCAUUGAGGGGGACGAGAUAGAUCAAGAAGAAUUGGACGACGAAGAUGAAGGUCAUAACGAAGACGCCGCAUUUGACGCGUCCCUAAUCGGUUUGAAGGAAAUCAGUAACCUAGCUAGUUUUACGGUCAGCAGCUACAAACCCGGCUGCGGCGUCAAGGAACUUCGGGAUGACGAUGUCAACCAAUUCUGGCAGUCCGAUGGGCCACAACCUCAUCGAUUAAAUAUUCAUUUUAUCAAGCGCGUAGAGAUACGCAAGCUUAGACUCUAUCUAGAUUACGAGCUUGAUGAGAGCUACACGCCUACUAAGCUCCAAAUUACCGCCGGCUUUAGCCCCAACAUGAAUAUCCCGUACACUAUAAUGGAAUUUAACCAGCCUAAAGGCUGGGUCGACGUACCUAUCAACGGAGCCGGUGGCGGACAUGAUGGUAACUCUCUGUGCUGCUGGUUUAUUCGAGUGACGGUCCUCGAAAAUCACCAGAACGGAAAGGAUACGCACAUACGCGGAGUGGAAGUCUACGCCUUGGACGACAGCGCAGAUACUGCAGAGAACAACCCUGUAGAAGAUAUGGUCGAGGCGAUCGAUGACUACCGCGAUAGAAUGGCGGCAAUGAACAUUCACGACCACGACGAAGAGGCGAUAUCAAAGCUCGCCGCAGACAAGCGAGAUCGAAAAGCAAAGUCCAAGAAGUAUACGCCCGGAGAUGGUGGAUUGAGUAUCCCCGACUUCAUGAGAGAGCCGGAAAUCCGUUGAAAGUAUUUUGCGGGCGAGCUGUGUUUUAACAGGAUCGCAUAUUGAAGCACUAAGGCGUUCUGGAAUACUGGUUGAUCACUUACGAUACCCUAUGGUUACUAUGGCUACCUACUUAUUUUAUUCAAGGGAAAGCAUGCGUCCUAUUAAUUAAAUCAUGCUAGAAAGCAUAUGUACAAGUUAUCUAUAUUAUCAUAUCUAUUUAAUAAUGGCGCCAUCAAUAGCCUCUCAAGUCUAGGUCUUUAAGAAGGCAGUUCCGAGAAGGUAAAAUAGAACCCCGGUUAUAAGGUAUUUAUGUACCUAAUUUAUGUAUCCAC